AUGUCACUUGUUUCCAUAGUAGAAGUUGCCAUUCAGGUGGAGAACUUCAAGAAUAUUGAUCUGUAUAACCAAGGAUUCUACAGAUGUGAUUUCAAGCUUUACCAUCUUGAAGGAGAGAAUAAAAUAUAUGCUAACCCCACUAACAUCAAGGUCAGCGAGAUAACUAAGAAAAGAAGAAGAGCAUGGGAAAAUAAGAAAGAACCAGAUGUCCUUGAUGCAAAAGAUGGGGAAAUCAACCAAAGUGCUCAUAUAUCUUCUACCAGAACUUUUGUGAUUAGAUACUGUGACGAAGAAGUUGAGAUCAAUGACAUUCUUAUAUUCAGAAUCGAGAUCCCGGUCGAUGCUGAUUAUCUUGAAAAAGAGAUACACUGAGAAGCCAUUUUGAUGUUUGUUGAUUUUAGCUCUCUAAAGUCUACUGAGAUCCAAGGACAUGUUAAAGAGUUAUAUGAGCACCCAGAUUUUGUGAAAAAUGUGUCUGAGGCAAAAUUCAAAUUUCUCUUUUGAGCCCAGGUGAUUAAAGAAUAUUUCACAGUUAGUUUUGAAAAUCAAUAUUUCUGUCAAUUUCAUUGAACUGUUCAUUCAACUCUUGUGGGAUAUAAAUUCAAAGAGAAGGAUCCAAGUAAGCCACGACUUCUAAACGACAAGAAUCUUCAGUUUGAUGAAGUGGGGGAAUACUUCUUUCAAGAUAAAUAUGGAGAAAUAGCAGACGAAGUAGAUUUCAAAAAGGCAGAUCAAGUUUAUAAAGAUUACAUUAAUAUCCUCAGUCAGAUCCAUAAAAGGCUGAAUUCUUAUUUCAAAAGAACAAUGAAUGAAUGUUUCAGUGAUGAACAAAAGGAAAAAUUAGAGAAUUUUAUACAAAUCAAACCCUUGAUGCAUCCUGGAGAGUUAGAUGAUGCUCAUAACGAUCUUGAAGAGUCUAAAUACCUUGAGAAUUCUCCUUCAAAUGGUAGCGAUUCAAGCUCCAACAACAUUAUUUUCAAAUAAAAAGAGUAAUAUUGCGCCUGAAAGACCUGUUGGAGAUAUAGAAGGAUCUAGAAGGUUAAUGAAUUUAACUGAAAGCCCCCUCCCACAAAGAAUAGAUGGUGGCAUAGACACACCAUCUAUGACAGCUGGAGAGAAUUCCAUCAACGAAGAAUUCAUGGAGCAUUACAAUGAGCAAGACAAGAUUGAUGAAAUAAAUGACCACUUGAAAGUAGGAUCCAUCCAUGUCCUGAACACUAAGGAUAAAUAAGUUUAUGAACAAAAAGAUACCUGAACUUUCUGAAAGAGUUCCUACUUCAGACCCAUUUACAGUUGGAAAAUUCAUGAUGAGUGAUUUUGAUAAAGUUACUAAACAAAUCAGCAAAAUUUGGAGCAAAAUCAUCAGGGCAAUCCAGGAAGAACCAAAAUUUAUAAUCGAAAACCUCAAAAUGGACUAUGAGAGCAAGCAUAUCAAGAAAAUAGGCCAGAGUAUUUUCCUUUCUACAAUAGAAACAGAUGACUUUGUGUCACCUGUAGAAGAGAAUCUGAUCGAGAUCCACAAAGCUCUCCUAAAAACUAGAGAAGAAAGAGGAUACCACCUUGACUUUGAAGAUGUGCUUGUCCAAGAUGAAGAAAUUUGGAAAAAGCCUGAAUCUCAUCCUAUCAUCUUUGAAGAAUGUGUCAGAAAGAAGGACUACAUCCCUCCUGAGCCUGAUAAUAAGUUAUUAGAAGAAAAUGACUAUAGAGAUUUUAAAUAUGAAAAUUAUUAUAGAGGAUGACACUUAUUCGUCUUAGUACAUGGUUUUCAAGGAUCUAAUAUUGACAUGAAACUUUUGAAGAACUCAAUCUCGAUGGUCCAUCCAGAAGCAAUCUUCUUACUUAGUAAAAAUAAUGAAAAAGAAACAGAAGGAAAUAUUGAAGAAAUGGGUGUCAGGCUUGCUGAUGAGAUCAAGGUAUUUAUAGACCAAUACUGCCCUGGAUCCUCUUUAGGUAGACUCAGUUUUAUUGGUCACUCUAUGGGAGGAAUCAUAAUUAGGGCUGCUCUUCCUUACCUUGAAGAUUAUAAAAAGCUAAUGUACACCUAUAUCUCACUUUCGAGUCCUCAUCUAGGAUAUAUGUACAAUUCAAGUAAAAUCAUAGAUGCUGGAAUGUGGGUUCUCAAGAAAUGGAAAGGGAGUGAGUCCCUCAGGCAGAUAGGAAUGAGUGAUAGUCCAAAUCCAGAGGAGACUUUUCUGUAUAAACUUAGCAAAAAGCCUGGCUUAGAAUGGUUCAAAAAUAUUCUCCUUUGAAGUUCUUUCCAAGAUGGUUAUGCUCCAUUUGAUUCUGCAAGAAUCCAGAUUUGCUCUAAAGCCACUAAAGAUACUGCAAAAGGUAAUAUAUACAUUCAGAUGGCUACAAAUCUUCUUAACAAGCUAGAUAUUGAAUGCUUAUACAGGAUUGAUGUAAACUUUAUGAUCAGCAACAAGAAUAUCGAUACUUUUAUUGGAAGAGCUGCUCACAUCCAAUUCCUUGAAAACAAAGUGUUUAUGGACAUGAUCAUAUUCAGAUUUAGAGAGUUUUUCGAAUAAUUCAAUACCAUUA